AAGUCUCCUUUGAGGGGCCAGGAUGAGUUUUGAAGAGGAGCCGCUGGUGGCUGGAGGAGCUAAUCCUGUUGAUCCCUGUGUCGGAAACGUGGAUUAGACCUGGGAUCCUACGCGCAUUCGCCCAAAUCUGCUCCCCAUCAGACUGAGGGAGUCUUCUGCCCGCAGAAGCGUCUGCAGACCGGGCAGAAUUUCUGCAGCACGCGGAGGAACCGUGCAACAAAACCGAGAACAAUACGAGGAAGUGCAAUUUCCCUUUCCAAACCUGCACAUCACUCUCUGGACUUUUGCGACACUUUUUUAAACAAGAAAUGGUCGGCAGGUUGAACUUGCCAAAUGUUUCCGAAGGAGAUCCUCUAGGCAUGAGCUGCAGCAGGGCUGAGAGGGGACUUGACAGCCCGGACUCUGGGUUACCCCCGAGUCCGAGCCCCAGCGCCUGGCUGAUGCCUGCGGGCGCAGGGAAAGCCGGUGGGGUGAGCCCGGUGUCGGAGGACGAAGAAAGGGGCUCCCUGGUUUCGGUUUCACCAGCUGGCCCUUUACCUGAGCUGCAGCCUCUGUCUUUUGGGGAGGGUAUCAGAUUAGAACCGUUGCCACCAAAGGAGCUGAGAUACAAAUCAUUCGUGCACUAUGACUCUGACCGUCACUUCAUCCAGACUGUGGAUCUGCAGCCUCGGGGCCAGGGCCUGGAGCUCUGCAGACAAACCAUCGUGGCUUUGCCCCACAGCACCUGGCGCCACUACAAGACACAGCUGGAGUUGGAGCCACGCCUUCGUCCCCAAUGCUUCAGAAGCACCACCAUCAUCUACCCUAAGAAAACCAGCGAAGCCUACAUCACAGAGCUGAGCUACGACUCCCACCGGCAGUGCAGACGCUUCCUGUCGAGUGUGGAGCUGGAGGUGGCCUGCAGCAGGAGGCUACCUCAAUGAGGGUGGGGGUUAGGGUAGGUGAUUGGGGUUGUUUUUACUGUCACUGUACUGAUGCUCCUCUUAAGUUGCACUGAAGCCAGUUCAGGCUUGUUUUUGUUUUUAUUCACCUCUUCAGGUUUAAAAUGCUCCUUUUUGCUCCUGAUGCAUCACCAGCAAAUGCAACCUCUGUAAUAGUCUCCCGUCGUCUCUUUAGGGUCCAGCUAAGUGGUGGUCGUGUAAAUGAACCAGCUGUGUUUUCCCCCUCAGCCUCAUUAGAAUGCAUUACUGAAGCCUCACUGUUCAUUAUGUCCUCCCUGUUGUAUUUGUCCUUGUCUUCAACUGCAGGCUUGAGGAGAAACUUGAGGCCAAAGUAAUCAGAGGAGGGAAGCUCAUUUAGAAGAGAAAGGAUGUUUGUGCUUUUAAAUCUUAAUAUUAAGGUUUCGUUCUGCCACUGACCUGUUGUGUACAUGUUUGUCUCUUCUUUCAGUUACACCUCCUAUACUGUUGGUGGGAGGAGUCUGUGCUGUGAUUGUUUAUCAUUCAUGUCUCUGUGAAAUCUGCUUUAUUGAUGUUUUAUUUAGAAGCCUGUCACCUCUCUAAGGGUCUUUCUAAUCAGUAGAAACAUCUGGGUAAGACCUCUGGUUUGAAUUUACUUUGAGAGAUCCCAUUACCCUCGAAGCUCAUGAAUUUGUUUUUUUUUAAAUCUUAGUACUAAAUAACUAAAAAUCCAGGGUUUGAAAAACUAAAAUUUGUCCACACUGUUGAAAGUGUGUGUGUGUGUGUGUGUGUGUGUGUGUGUGUGUGUGUGUGUGUGUGUGUGUGUGUGUGUGUGUGUGUGUGUGUGUGUGUGUGUGUGUGUGUGUGUGUGUGUGUGUGUGUGUGUGUGUGUGUGUGUGUGUGUCAUUAUUAGUCGGUGCUCUUUUGAAACCUUGCAUCAAGCUUCUUGUUUUGUCAAUUUUAUGUAUUUUUGUAUGUGAUGGAAGACAUUUCCAAUGUUUAAGCUUAGACUGUGCCGGUAACCGUGAUAGUAUCUGAGGUUGGUGUUUACUAAAGCAUGACUCAAUCACUGGUGCACAGGAUUUCACUGCGAUAACUUAAAUGUUGGAUUAAACUUGUAUUUAUUUUUACAUUCACGUGCUGAUUAACUGAUCCCAUCCCAGUCACUGGUGAGGAAUAUUUUCAAGAUGCCUUGUACUUGUGCCUGUUUGAAAUAAAGUGAUCACGUUUUUGA